AUGGUUUGUGGUUGGUUUGGAAGUUUGGGAAACGUUUGGGUGAUGGGAUUUUCAUGGAAAAUUGGGUUUUCUUUGAGAAAUCACGGAUUUUCAAGGAGAAACGAGUUUUGAUGUGAAUUUUCAUACGGAAAACCAGGAAAAUGAGGUUUUCUACAGACUUAAAAUUGAAAAUAUUGAGUUUUCAAGAUUUUUUUGAUGUAAAAUUCAAAAUUCUCGCUGAAAACUUGUUUUUUUGUGAAACUUUUGAAGAAAACUAUAUUUUUAAUAAACCGAAACUUGAAAAAAAACAAUUCAAGUAAAAUUUAUGUGAGAAUUCUCAAUAUUUUCAUGAAAAAGCUGAUUUUCGGCAAAAUUCAGGAUUUUCAUGUGAAAUUGUUCUGAAAAAUCCUUUCUAGGUCACGUUUCUUUUAUUUUUUUUUUUUUUUAAUUUCAUUUCUAGUUUGGAAAAAUAUUUCAAUCAGAUUUUUGAAAAAAAAAACGUGAGUGGCUUUCACUUUUCAAUGAAAACUUGAUGAAAAAUCCAAAACGUGUAAGAGUUAGCUAAAACUUGAAGAAAAAUUUCAAAUUUUGGUCGUUUUCCGACCGUGUACUACUCUCGGACAAGAGAGCAACCUCUGAAAUCCGAAAUUUGUACGAUUUUGCUCAAUUUUUGUGAGCCUUGCUGAUAAUUUUGUUUUUUCCGGACGAAACUUCUUGUCCAAAAGAACUACACGGCAAUAAUGUUUGAUUCUUAACCCGUGUACUUCUCACGGACAAGCGGUAAACCAAUAAAUUAAAAUUUUUGUGAUUCUUUUCCAAUCAAAUUCCCAUCAUUCCCCAAUUCUCCGAGAGAACUACACGUAUAUGUUCUUAACCCGUGUACUCCUCGUGGACAACCGCUGAUCUCCAAAAAUUCAAAAAUCCACGAGAAUCACACAUGUCAAUUCUGGCGCGUCUUUUCCCAAACUUCCAAAUUUCGUCAAAACACCGUGCCGCACAUUGUCAAUCUUUCAUUCAUUUCGUCAUCGAUUUCGCACCUUCUAAAUCACACGAACACCUGUUGUUAUUGUUAUUUACGUAUCUUCGCACCUCUAAGCCCCGCCCCUUUUUUUUGCUCUCGAAAAGGGGCGUGGCUUCGUUGGUGACCCAACUUGGUGCUUUUUUACAGAAGUAGUUUAUUGCAUUCUGCUAAUCCGGUUGGAGUUGGUGAGCCCCGCUCUACUUAGCCUAAGUCUACCGUAUUUCCUCCCCAUUGCUAUGUCCGAUUUUUUGGCUCCAAGAAGUUUGAAGAGAAGUGCUCGUGCCAUUUCGAGUCCAACAGGUUGGUUUUUAGGGGAUUUUGGGGAAUCUAGGGUGAUUUUAGAGAGCUUAAGAGCAUUUUAAGGACCUUUGGGAGCAUUCUAAGGAGCUUUGGAGCAUUUUUAAAGGCUUUGGAGCGUUUUUAAAGGGUUUGGAGCAUUUUUGAGGGCUUUUGGAGCAUUCUAAGGGCCUUGGAGCAUUUUAAAGGCCUUGGGGGCAUUUUUAAGGGCUUGGGAGCAUUCUAAAGGCUCUUGGAGCAUUCUAAAGAGCUUUGGAGCAUUUUUAAGAGCUUUGGAGCAUUUUAAAGAGCUUUGGAGCAUUUUUAAAGGCCUUUGGAGCAUUUUUAAAGGCUUUGGAGCAUUUUUAAAGGCUUUGGAUCAUCCUAAAGGCCUUUGGAGCAUCAUAAAGGCCUUUGGAGCAUCAUAAAGGCCUUAGGAGCAUCCUAAAGGCCUUAGGAGCUUCCUGAAGGCCUUGGGAGCAUUUUAAGGGCCUUGGGAGCAUUUUAAGGGCCUUGGAGCAUUUUAAGGGCCUUAGUAGCAUUUUUAAAGGCUUUGGAGCAUUUUUAAAGGCUUUGGAGCAUUUUAAAGAGCUCGAGACUAUUUUCAGCACUAAAUUUCACCUAGGUUUCACUUAAAAUUGACCUAAGUUAGCUUAAAUCCACCCAAAACUAAUCCAAUAUUUUUGCAGAACGAACCCCAGCCAGAACAGCUCCGAUUUCCAAAAAACGUCGUCAUUCUCGACUUUUCUCACUGGAACAUGCUUAUAAUCCGGCCACAAGUUCUGACGAUAUUCCAAUCCCGGCCAACUUUGUCAUCUCACCAUUGCGUCUCGGAAAUCUGCCAAUUCCACGUCUCAACUUCGACUCAGAUUCGUCCGACUCGGAUGCGGAAGCGGAAGCGGACGCGGACGCGGAACCAGCCGCAGAGCCAGUUGUUGUUGACUCAGAUGCCUCCAACAACAAUUCGAUUAUCCCGCAAGCGGCCGGCUUGAAAACACCGCAUCGUCCGCGUGCGAUUCCAGUGCGGCGAAUUUUGGCCGCCACACCCGCGUCGCCAGUUGCGGCGACACAAUCCGCGGUUACUGCUCGUGAGGCGCGGAGACUUCGCGUAAAGCCUGCGCCACCAAAUGCGCCACGAAGAAAGAGCUUGGGAGGUGAGUAUUUUUCGUAAAAUUCAAAUUUCCCGCCAAAAUUUUCACCCCGCGAAUUUCAAAAAUUCAAAUUUUAAUUUUGCAGCUCUCCACCAAUCUUCCCGCGUCAAAGAUGUCGCCGCUUUGUUCAGUAAUAUGUAA